CCGGGUGACGUCAUGGGGUUCUGGAACUUUGUGACAGAACGUUCGAUGUUGUUAAAUUGUGGCGGGAAAGCGCCGAGUUUCAGUAUAGGGCCAGUAUAGGUGGACAAGCUGCCGGACAGCGGGCUCACUCGGCUGCUCACACCAUUUGCCCCAAACUCCCCGCUCCUCCACCAUGGUGAUCCUCAGAGAGGGCAUCUGCCCCGGAGCCACCGCCCAGCUCAUCAACGCUUUAAAAGAGCAGAAUGUGAAAACAGUGGUGGACUUGGUGUCUGCAGACAUUGAAGAUCUGGCACAGAGGUGUUCUAUUUCUUACAAGACUCUGGUGGCUGUGAGACGUGUGCUGCUUGCUCAGUAUUCCCCAUUCCCUUCCAAUGCUGCCGACCUGUAUGAGGAACUGCUGGGCUCCACUGCCAUUCUGUCCACAGGGAACCAGAGCCUGGACAAGUUGCUGGAUUCGGGCCUUUAUACGGGAGAGCUAACAGAGUUUGUCGGAUCACCAGGCAGUGGAAAGACUCAGGUGUGCCUCAGCCUGGCUGUCAAUGUCGCGUGUGCGCUGAAGCAGAAGGUGCUGUACGUCGACACGACGGGGGGGCUGAGCAGUGCCCGCCUCCUGCAACUGAUCCAGAGCCAGGUGGACAGCCUGGAGGAGCAGAGUGAAGCUCUCCAGAGGAUCGAGGUGAUCAGGGUUUUUGAGGUGUACCGCUUGCUGGAGGUGCUGCAGUAUGUCCGGGCGACCUCCACAUGCCAGGUGACGGGUACGCGUGGUUCAGUGAAGGCCCUUGUGCUUGACUCCGCCACAGCCGUGCUCUCCCCCAUUCUGGGGGGCCAGCAGAUGGAUGGUAUGUCCCUCAUGAUGCAACUUGCGAGAGAACUGAAGCUAUUAGCCAGAGAACUGGGCAUCUCCGUAAUUGUGACCAACUGUGUGGUCCGGGACAUUGGAGGAGGGGUGAAGCCCGCCCUGGGAUGCACGUGGAGUUACGUCCCCAACAUCCGUAUCCUGCUCCGGCGUGGAGCUGACGCAGCCGGCCCCGGCAAGCACAGUGCUACUGUACUGAAAUCCUCCAGGCAGCCAACCAGAAUGAGUGUAGAAUUUGACAUUACUUCCUGUGGAACUCUGAGCAGCCGAGCUGCUGCUGCUCUGCCCUCUGCCGGUGACCUCGACAGCACCUAACCGGAUCUGUGUGGAGCUCUGUAACCAUGGAAACGUGUGUAAACACCUCCAUUUCAAAGAUAGCACGAUAGGCGCCGUUUUGACUGGGGCGUUCCCUUCCCUCACCUCGACCUGGUGCAGUUGACUGGAUGGUGAGAGUGCGCGGCCACUGCCUGUCUUCAAGGUGCUGCUUCAACAACAUUGCUUCCCUGCUGCUUCUGAGCCACCUCGGUAUCUGGAGAGACAUGACAAUGAGCUUCUGGAAAUUCCAGGAGCAGAAAGUGAGGCCCAGCGUCAUGCCUGGAAUCCAGGAAGAGCUGAGGAUGUACCCGGCAGCUUGACUUUGUGAAGACAGUCGUUCCGAGCGUGCACCUUUGGCAACCUGGAGCUCGGGCUUGGUGCGGAGACUACCAAGAACGGCCGGCUGUGUCGCAUUGAACAACACAAGGCUUCUGCGGUCGGCCUUUGUAUUGUGGCAGAGAUUGAGAGGAAGCAUUUUAAAGCCAGCGUACAUUUCGGCCACGGUUUUACCACGGGGAAUCGUUGGACAGCCUUAUCCCUGGAUGGGGAAAGAACAUCCAGCUCCAAGUCAAGUAUUUACAGCAUUUGCCUUCCUGGUCAUCGGUCCCACCAGGGAUUCUAGACCCUGACAGUGGCUAGCACCUUCUCCUGCACAUUGAGCCUUGUUCCCUCAGCAGCACCGUUCCCCUUUGGAAGAGAGGACAUGGACUGGAGGCCAUGUUGAUGAUGUUGGGGGAGAGCUGUACUGGGCAGAGUGUGCUGUUCAGAAGCCAAAUCUCCAUUGUAAGACUGAUUGAUAUCUGAUGUGAUGUGGAUAUAACUACGUAUUUUCAAUGCCUAUUAUUGCCCCAAAAAUGCAAAUAAAAUGAUAUUGUUAAUA